AUGAAUCGGGGGUACUUUGCUGAUAUGAAAGAGUUUAAGGAACAUGGUGGCAGUGAGGUUAACGCAGAGAGUUUGGUUGUUCUUAAGGUAUCAUUGGUGUGUCUGUCUUUCCGAGCAUGCUCCCAGGAAAUGAUCAGUUCCUGGAGCAAGCCAUUUCUUGAGUCUCAGUUCCUCAUUCUGAGACAGUUGACAAGUUGCACAUGGAGAGGAGAAGUUGUCUAUCCAACGUGCAAUGCUGAUGGCGAGCCAAGAUUUUACAAGGAAAAUCAGAUGAUGAAGUGUUCUGCUUGUUAUGGAAGAGGUUUGAAUGCUCUUAAAGAUGGAUCCGAUUCAAUGUAA